AAUGAACGAUUAUUGUCAUAGUCACCGACAAGAUUAUAAUGAUUUGAUGAUGAAAAUAACAGGCAAUGCUGGCGGUGGUGGUGAUGGUAGGAGUUUUUAUGCUGUUGCUCGAUUUCUUAAUUUUUUUCAUUCCGAUAAAUUGACAACAACUUUUUUUUUGUUUUGUUUAAAUGUUUUAUACUAUUUGAUCAAUGAUAACGUGUCAAUCAUCAAAUCACGAAUAUGGAACAAUCACAAAUACAUGAGCAACAACAAGAAAAAAAUGUUGUUGAAAAUGGUCAUAUGGUUUCCAAUGAAGAAUCACCAAAUACUGAUAUUGAAAUCAUUGUGAAUCAUAAAGAAGCUAAUGUAAAGCCAAAUGAAAAUAUCGAUCAAAAUGGUUCGAUGAAUGUAGUGAAUAAUGGUGAUGAUGAUAAACAGAUUCAACAACAACAAUUCAUACGAACACUUUUGGAUGCCGAAGAUAAACUUUAUAAUAUUUGUAAUGAUCUAGAUCUUGGUCAACCAUAUUUUGAUAUUAUUGAACGAAUCAAAUUGAAUGAUCGAAAAUAUUAUCGAGCUUGCUGUAAGAUUAUUGAUCAAUGUAAUCGUGAAUUAGAAUUCAAUGGUAUGGCUAUAUCGAAACGUAUGGCACGUUUAUAUGCAGCAAUGAAUGCUGUUGAAUAUUUGAAAACGAAUAUUAAUCAUAUCGAUGAUGAUGAUGGUGAUGAUAGUAAUGAUGAUGAUGAUGGUGAUGAAGAUAAGAAAAUUGGAAUGGAUGAUCAACAAAGUGUUGAUAAUGAUGAGAAACAUUCAUCGGAGAAUAAAGUUGGAACCGAUUCAAAUAAUGAUGAUGAAGAUGAUGAUGACGAUGAUGAUAUGAUAAAUAAUGAAGAACCACCAGCUUAUGAGGAUAGCCAAACGCCUAAAUCACCAAAGAGUCCAACAUCACCUAAAACAUUUACACCAUCAGAUCCUUUUCCCGUGACAGUAGCAUCCACAUCAAAUUGAAUCAAAUGAUCAUUGAAUGAAAUGUGUGUGUGUGUUGUAUUAAAAUAAAAAAUAAAAUGAUUUUUU